UACUUCUGUCUAUUGUGAUUAUAAAACAAAAAACAAACGCAAACAAAAUAAAAAUAGAAAUGGGUAAGUAGAAAUCCAAAUUUAGAAUUUAAAAAAUAAAUGUUCCAGUCAGCAGGAAAGGUGAAAGCAGUGUGGAGUAAAAAUUACGUUGAACUAUCGGACAUCGUGAACUAUCAAAACAACUCCUGAAUGUAAUUUCAGAAUCCUUACGGAAGUUCUGGGAAAAAAAAAGAAAUAUUAAGAAUUAUGGACAACUGUGAUAAGCUAGUGUUUCGCAUGCAGCAUCUGAUUCCACGUGGAUUAUCAUCAGCAGCCCCAAAAAUAACAAAUAACACAGUCAUCACCACACCAGAUAUAGCAAGUUUCAGAUAUCAGACUGAUGCUUUGUCAAAAACCUAUGAAGAAGUUACAUUCCCCAUGACAUAUGGAAAUGUAGCAGCUAAGGUCUGGGGCCCUUCAAAUGGAAAACCAGUAUUUGCCUUACAUGGUUGGUUGGAUAAUGCUGGCACUUUUGACUCCUUGAUUCCAAUGCUCCCUCAUAACUUAAGAAUAGUUGCAGUUGAUAUUCCAGGUCAUGGGAUGUCUGAUCAUUUCCCAAGAGAUAUUAUGUACCACUUCUUGGACUGUCUUUUAGCUGUGGAGAGAAUAUCACAACAAUUGAAGUGGGAGAAAUUUUCAUUUAUUGGUCAUAGCCUGGGUGGGUGUAUUGCCAUGCUAUAUGCAGGUGUGUUUCCAGAAAAGGUAGAUAAACUUGUAAAUAUUGAUAUUGUUAGGGUCACUACAACAAGGGCUGAAACCAUGCAUUUGAGGUUAAGAAAAACUGUUGGUAAGCUUUUGAAAUACGAAGCUGCAAUAACGAAUGGUCCAGAAAAGCCUAUUAGCUAUGAUACAGCGGUAGAAAAAAGCAUUAAUGGUUCAUUUGGAUCCCUGGACAAAAAAGCUUGCGAAAUUAUGUUAAAGCGUGGUCUGAAGAAAGUAAACGGGGGAUAUGUAUUUAGCAGAGACAGGCGAUUGCACGCGGCUCCAUUGUCGUUUUGCCCAAAACAAGAUCAGAUAGUUCUGGCAGCAAAAGUCACUGCCGACGUUUUAAUUAUUAAAUUUACCGAAGGACCUUAUUUCGAGAGUGUUGAAGAUCAGGUAGAGCAUGUAGAAGCACUUAGGAAAAGCUCAAAAAAUGUUCGCUAUGUCGAAAUAGAGGGAAAGCAUCACACCCAUCUUACCCAUCCUGAACGUAUUGCAAAUAUAAUUUCCGACUUUUUCAAUCCCUAAUUAAAGCGAUGCUGUCGUACCGUUAUGUGUCCUGUACCGCUGACCAUUUAUUAAACCAAAAAAUGUAAGCAUAUUUGGAAGGAAGAGUAAAUACAUAAAUACUAGAUGCAAAAAAA